AGUAAUUAGUACAUACGGUGGUGCCGCUGCCUGCCGGGUAUUCUUAUCUAAUGAAGAAAAAAAUCAGACGCAGCCGCAGUUGACAUUUCAAACUCACGUCUCUCGCACUCCCACUCGCACUGAUUAUAAUAUUCUAUCUUCCUUUCUCGAUCUUCGAUUCUUCAAUCUUACGUCGUUGUAGAUAUACUUCCAAAAUCAAUCCCGAUCACUCUGUUCUUUUUGAACUUUUCAUCACUUUAACCUCAAGAAAUCUACAUCGCUUUUACUCGAUUUUAAUAUCUCACAUUGUCGAUCGCAGCAGCAGAACAACAACACCACCAAUCAGCGAUGUCGUUCGAGUUAGAAGAAGAAGAGUCCUUCGAGCACACGUUACUAGUGGUUCGAGAAGUGUCUGUUUUCAAAAUCCCGCCGCGUUCAACUAGCGGCGGUUACAAAUGCGGAGAGUGGCUUCAGUCGGACAAGAUCUGGUCUGGCAGGCUUCGUGUUGUUUCCUGUAAGGACCGGUGUGAGAUCCGAUUGGAAGAUCCGAAUUCCGGAGAUUUGUUUGCUGCUUGUUUUGUUUAUCCUGGCCAGAGGGAGAGCGCCGUGGAGUCGGUGCUCGAUUCGUCGAGGUAUUUUGUUUUGAAAAUCGAGGAUGGCACGGGGAAACACGCGUUUAUAGGUUUAGGGUUUACAGAGAGGAACGAGGCGUUUGAUUUUAAUGUGGCGUUGUCGGAUCAUGAGAAGUAUGUGAAGAGAGAGAUUGAGAAGGAUGCCGAUGAAGCCAGCGACGAGAGUCAUAUCAAUAUCCAUCCUGCUGUAAAUCACAGAUUGAAGGAGGGUGAAACAAUUCGGAUCACUGUAAAAAACAAACCUGCAAGUGGAGCUGGGAUGCUUUCAUCUGCAGGGUUAUCUGAAAAGAUUAAGCCACUUAGCCUUGCUCCUCCGCCUGAGAAGGUUAAGUCUAAGCCUCUAAGCCUUGCUCCUCCACCAGUUGCCUCCGGGAAAAUUAGAUCUCCUAUCCCACCCCCACCCAAUGAUCCUGCUGCUGUUCGGAUGACUUCUACAACUCAUAAUGUUGCUGCAAGGAAUUCUACAGAUGCUUUCACAGAUUUCUCUCAGCUCGAGAGGAAUCUUCCUUCAAGCGGUGGAUCUGGAUCAACAACUCAAAGCAAAAGCAAAAGCAGUGCAGCUGGAUGGGCAGCAUUUUGAUUGUAUCAGAUGAGGUGUAAUACUUGGAUGAUAUCUUUUCUUCUGUUAUGUUAAUGUUGCGGAAAGCAAGCAGAAUAGAUGACAUGAUACAACAGAAGGUAACAAUCAAUAUACAAUGACAGUCCAUUAUGGGAAAUAAUUGUAAUUGUCUGGAAUAUAUAUUCGUGACCUUGUAUUUCAUAAUUAUAUGUUACAAUUAUCUGCCAACAUAAGUCCAAUUUCACUCUGACGUUAA